AUGGCUCUGGACAACAUGGCUUCGCUGGACUUUAGUCUCUGUAUUAGCGCAGCAACAAGCGAUAUGGCAAGGCAAGCAGAGCAUGCUCUUCGACUUCGGCAGAGCGCGCUCGUGGUGUUGCGGCUGAGAUGGCUGCGCAAAGCCCGCCGCCAGAGACGGGCCUCGGAGUGA